UCAGGAAGCGUCUACCGCGCAGUUUCUUGCUCGUGAAGUAGACAUCCACACUCUUCUGAUUUUCUCCUCGCCACCCAGCAACUUGCCCGAACUCGUUGAUGAGUUUGACUCACCGCUCCUAUCACCGGACCUCUUGACCAUAUUGCGAAGAGGCAGAUCCUUCACACGUGGAGCAUUUCUCGCUCCAACUUGAGCUUGGGGUCUACUGUGCUUGAACCCCCUAGUCCCACAAGAAUCCCAGAGUUCGCUCUUGAACUCAGUGAUCAGAAUUACUUCAUGAUGUCACAGUCGAAUUAUAUGUCCAAUCAGUUCGGCAACCCCAACGAAGGGGUUGACCCGUCGGAGCUUAGUAUGCAGAACGGUGGAUUUAUGUCCUACCCAUUCACAUCGCAGCAGAACUUCAACUUUGGAAACUCAGGUAUCGAUACAGAUGAGUUGCUGGACCUGGAGAUUAACGGACAGAAUGGUAUGCAACAGAACUUCCUUCAGGACCAGCAUUCAGGUGCCGGGAUCUCUAUGAGUCAUCCGGGACAGAUGUCUCAGAUGUACUCUAACACGCCCGAUGGAGCUCCCAUGAACAGCCCGUUCAUGCACAGCUUCAAUUAUGAUCACUUCCGAACCAUGAACCAAAACGGCCAACCUGGCUCUCAUCUGCAGGGUGGAUCCCAGUUCGAACAGAGCUAUUUGGCUUCCAAAGGCCGCCCAACUUUGCAGGCAGUGGACCGCGCUUCGCUUGAUGCGCGCAGCCCGAUGACUCCGAAGACCCCAGCCCUUGGUGCUUUGACCCUGGGAACCCCAGAAUCUGGAAGCUUUCCUACGCAACCCAUCCGGACUGGCCUUCAGCAUCGCCACCAAAAGACACUGUCCAACCAAUGGGACGGUACGCCAGGAAGUGCGCAUUCUUUCGUGGAGUCCCCUAUUUCCUCUCCUGGCCACCCUCACCACGCGGGAAUCUCGGAGAUCCUCAAGUCUGGUAAACAUGCUUCCUUGCCGGCCAAGGUUGAUGCGCAUAUGCCCGGCAGUGCCCAGGACUUAGAAUCCCAAGAGGCCAAGCGACGCCGUCGGCGGGCCUCCCAUAACCUGGUCGAGCGCCGGCGACGGGACAACAUCAACGAGCGCAUCCAGGAUCUUUCCCACCUCGUUCCUCAGCAUCGCUUGGAGGAUGACAAAGUCCGGAAACAGCUUGUCAAUAACACAGCAAUGUCUGCCACUGGAGCCACCCCCAAUGCCGCAACGUCUUUGCUGGCUGGAGGCAAUGGCCGCCGGGCCACUGCGGGUAACAUCACGAUGGGUCUGCCGAUUGAGGAGAAGGAGAAGGGCCCGAACAAGGGCGACAUCCUGAACGGUGCCGUCGGCUGGAUGCGUGACCUCAUGUGGGCCCUACAUGUUAAGCUCCAGCAGGAAUCAGAGCUAGCUGAAAUUAUCAGUAACUUGGGUGGAACUUGGCCAUUUGAGCAAACUGAGGAGGAGAAGCGGAUGAGAACGGAGAUUCUCGAUGCUUUGGAGAAGAACGACCCUAGUUCGUUCACUUAUAGCAGGGCACCCGGGAGCGGGCUGCGAGUACCGAAACAUACAAACAUGGCAGGGGACUCUGUGGCCGGCAAUGGGGCUUUGAGCCCCCAGAGCCUGAGCCCCCCGUUCAACGGCGGCGGUAGCAACGGAGGCUCCGGGCAGGCUCAGUACUGGAGCAGCUCGGGCCACGCGGGCAUGAGCUUCAAGGAGGAAGACGAGUAUGCGAUGGAGAUGAAUUAGAUACAUCUCCGCUUACUAUCGCUCGAGCUCUCAUCUCCUCAAACGAACGCAUGUCAUGAGCUAUUGCAUACAAGGGCGUCAAACGGACGGGUAGUUGACCGGCGUACACGGAAGCCUUCGCAUACCAUUUAAGGCUAAUGGGCCAGUUGAACUUUCUUUUCGUCAUUUGUUUGAUAUUUCUCGCGUGUGGUUCUCGUUAUGCUUGCCUGGGAUUGGUUGUCUCGGUUUUUUUGGUUAUUAUCUCUAUCCAUUGCUUAAUUCUUGGUGGGACUUUUCUUGUUGAGUCAAGUGUCUUUACGUGCUUGUGUCUUGGAUUUCUAGCUAGCUGCCUUGGGUUGCACAUUCCUCGUUGUUCUUUUGCGCAUAACGGUGAGCAAGGUCGGAACACGACAUAUCUUGCGUCAUUUGGUUUUCUUCCCUUUUACAUCGAUACCCUUUUCCCAUUGUCCCAGUUUCCCAGUUUCCACUUUGCUAUUGAAUCCUUAAUAUCCUUUUGGCUAUUUUGACCCCAUUUCGGAUGUCAUUUACGGCUGCUAUCUAUUCUCAUGUUAAUUUACAUAGCCUGAUUCAUUGAUACAAUGGUGCAUUCGGUGCAUGCAAUUUUGAACUCUACUCAUUGCUCAU